UCUCCUCUCCUCUCCUCUCUUCUCUCCUCUCUUCUCUCUCUCUCUCUCCAUUCCAAACGCCGUCUUUUGGUGAUUGCUUGCUCUCCUUCUCCUCCUCCUCGUCGCCCAUCCCCAUUGUCUCUCCUUCUCUUCCUCUUCCCACGUCUUGCAUCACAUCUGCCAUCAUGAGAGGCGAGGUCUGCCAUCUCCAUAUCGGCCAGGCUGGUACCCAGCUUGGAAACAGUGCUUGGGAACUAUAUCUUCUCGAACACGGUUUGAAGGCUGAUGGUCGUCUGGACCCCGAAGCCACAGACAUUGGUGAAGCUGGGUCCUUUGAAACCUUCUUCACCGAGACGGGCAGCGGCAAAUAUGUUCCUCGCUCUAUCUUCGUCGAUUUGGACCCUUCCCCAAUCGAUGAAAUCCGCACUGGUCCCUAUCGCCAGCUCUUCCACCCUGAAAUGUUGAUCAGCGGAAAGGAAGAUGCAGCAAACAACUAUGCCCGUGGUCACUACACCAUCGGAAAGGAACUUGUCGACAGUGUCAUUGACCGAAUUCGCCGUGUUGCUGACAACUGUUCGUCCCUCCAGGGAUUUUUGAUCUUCCACUCUUUUGGCGGUGGUACCGGUUCCGGUUUCGGUGCCCUCCUCUUGGAGCGUCUCUCCACCGAUUACGGCAAAAAAUCCAAGCUCGAAUUCGCUGUCUACCCAGCACCCCGUGUCUCAACCGCCGUUGUCGAACCAUAUAACGCCGUUCUCUCUACCCACAGCACCAUUGAGAAUUCUGACUGCACAUUCCUCGUCGACAAUGAAGCUGUCUACGACAUCUGCCACCGCAACCUUGAUAUCCCCCGCCCUGGUUAUGAACAUCUCAACCGCCUCAUCGCCCAAGUUGUCAGCUCCAUCACAUCUAGCUUGCGCUUCGAUGGUGCCCUGAACGUCGAUCUCAACGAGUUCCAGACCAACUUGGUCCCUUACCCUCGUAUUCACUACCCCCUCAUCAGCUACGCACCCGUUGUAUCCAGCAACAGAAGCUCCCAUGAAAGCUUCAAGGUCAACGACCUUACCUUCCAAUGCUUCGAACCAAACAACCAGAUGGUCGUCUGCGACCCACGUAAUGGAAAAUACAUGGCCGUGGCUCUCCUCUACCGCGGUGACGUCGUCCCCCGCGACUGCAACGCCGCUGUUGCCUCCCUCAAAGCUAAGACCUCCUUCAACCUUGUCGAAUGGUGCCCGACUGGCUUCAAGAUCGGCAUCAACUACCAGAAGCCCAUGCGCGUGCCAGGCGGCGAGCUCGCUCCAGUCGACCGCUCCGUCAGCAUGUUGUCCAACACCACCGCAAUUGCCGAGGCCUGGAGCCGUCUUGACCACAAGUUCGACCUGAUGUACUCGAAACGCGCCUUUGUGCAUUGGUAUGUUGGCGAGGGAAUGGAGGAAGGCGAAUUCUCCGAAGCACGUGAGGAUCUUGCUGCGUUGGAGAAGGAUUACGAGGAGGUUGCCAGCGAUAGUCUGGACACGGAAGGGGAUGAGGGUGUUGAGUAUUAAAUAUGACAUGAGUCACUACCCCAUUUUUCGAAGUUUCCUCUGCUUCUUUUUUAUUUGAAAUUACAAGACAAGACAGAGAGAAAGCAGAACACAAUAGUCUGUUAUGAUACGUCUCCUUGCCUUCCCCAUUCCCAAACAACCAACCCCCUUGUUUCUUGAAACCGUCUCUGUAUUGUUUCUCCCUGCUCAUGCCAGCGCCAACGUCUAUGCGAGUGCCAUCCUUUUUGAGCUAUACCAUCUUAUUUUAAUUCAAUCCUAUUCGUUUGAGAUGCUCUCUUUUAAUGUCUGUUUCUUGUUGUGAAGUGAAAAGUGUUGUUUGUUGGAUGUUUUCGUUCGUACAUAAGGAUAACAUAGUAUAGCAAAAUUGACGUCGAGGUGGGACAGUUGAUAUCGACGUAAUUAUCAAGCCUAUCCGUUGGGGUCUUUAGUUGUUUUCGAUUGAGGUAACGUGGGAGGUAUACCACUUGACGAAAGUAUAGCUCACAAUGGAGAUAGUUUUGCCGUCCGUAGGAAGUACAUACUAUAGCAAACCUAGCACAAGCUACUGGGUUGGAAGGCAUGCCGGGUGCGUAUAUGUACAGUGCAAUACAAAGAAAACGUAUCCAGGAA